GGCACGCGCAGACGACGCUACAUCACGGAUAGGGAGACGCCCUGGUUUCCAUGGCCAGAUAAGGAGACCUGUGUACUCGAUAUCUUGCGCCAUGUACCCCGCUGUGCGUUCUCCAACAGGCAGAAUGAGGUCAUCCAAUGGGCCCUGUUGGCCCUCGGGGUGAAGGACGUCCCAUCGGAGCAUGCCGUGCAGGAGGUUACGAGGACCUUGCAGCGAGUAUGCGGAAUCUCUAGCAUUCGCUACAAGGGCGCAAUGGGGCACAUAUACUACGUGAACGACCUCGCCGCUAUCAUCGCACAGGAAAUGGCGAACCCGCAAGUACGCCCGCAUCUUCGGUUUCUUCCCGAAGAUGCUGGAAAACAUCUGUCUGAGGCGUGGCAGGGCACACGCUGGCGCGACGAGCUGGAUCCUAACCUUGCAGCGCCGAUGGUACGCGUCCGGGGAACCGAUUUCUUCGUGCACGAGCCUGUUCAGCUUCGCGACGGCAGCGUCUGCAUGCCAUAUCGCUGGUUCAGGCGCAACGAGGAAACAUACGCAAAAGCCUGGGGAAUGGCUCGUACUGCAGAUGGUACGGGCUACAUCGUCCUCAAGCACGUCUCUUUCGAUGUGAAUGCACGAGAACUUCUUUCGCCGUUCCCGAUGCUAGUACGAACAGCUCGGUUCUAUAACCUCCCCAAUCCGACGAGCAUCAUCGGUAUAUUAUUCGAGGUCUUCAUAUGUUUGCAACUGACGAAACUUGCAGGGGUGCAAGAGAUCGAACACGGCGGCAUUCAUCCAUGGACACAUACUGAUCCCCGCGAAGGUAACCGAUGGCGGAAGCUUGCACGCGGUCACCGUGUAAUAGCGUUCCCCAUUUGGCUCUACUGCGACGACACUUCUGGCAACCUUUCGAAGAAAUGGAACAAACAUAACUCUUUCCUGUUCACUGCCGCUGGGUUGCCUCGUCGGUUCGUCCACCGGGAAUACAAUAUCCAUUUCCUGACAACGUCAAAUGCUGCCCCGCCUCUGGAGAUGCUCGAUGGAAUUGUGGAGCAACUGCGGGACUGCCAGGAGUCCGGAAUAUGGGCUUGGGAUUGCGAGGAGAAAGAACUUGUGCUCGUCGUUCCGUCCGUUCUCGCAAUGCUCGGGGAUAACCCUAUGCAGAGUGAGAUAGCUUGUCAUAUCGGCCUUGCGGGGAACCUUUUCUGUCGGGUUUGUAAGGUCUCAAAGGGUUCCCCCGACACCGACGAAGAUGUCACAGCGGAUGACGAAGAUGCCCGAUCGGUACGAUCAGGUUCAGAGGCCGGUAGUGAGCCAAGGACACGGGAGCAGGCAAAUGAGACCAUGGCUGAAAUGGUUGACCGCAUACAGCGGUUCAUGACGAUUGGUUUACUACGCAACCGAGGGGAUACGUUACGAGAACUCAAAUCACAAUUCACGACUGCGCAAGACAUCGGUGGUCAAGCUUCUGUCAAACGAGCUCGUACGCGAACAGGUCUACGUGAUAUGUAUCAGUCCUUCUUUGUGGAUCGUCUCUUUUCGUUCACAACAAAACGGGGCAGAACUCGAGAGGAGAAGUCAAGAGAUGUUGCUGAAUACCUCCGUACAGUACCAUGGCUUGAGGAGUCUGCGACUAGUCCCGUCUGGAGGAUACCCGACUUCGACCCUCAUUCGGAUACUCCAGUGGAGAUCCUACAUGUCAUCCUCCUCGGUUUCGUCAAGUAUCUGUGGCGUGACACUGUCAGUCGCCUCAAGGAUCCGGCCAAAAAUGUGCUCAUUGCACGUCUCUCUUCCUUCGACGUCACAGGCCUGGGAGUAGCGCCAUUGCUCGGGGGCACUCUCGUGAACUAUGCGAAGUCCCUCGUCGGUCGAGAUUUCCGACUAAUUGCUCAGGUGGCGCCGUUUGUACUUCACGACCUCCCCGGCAUUCCAGAGGAGUUACAUAAGGUCUGGAUCGCCCUGUCCCGCCUUAUCCCACUGGUUUGGCAGCCCGAGAUUGUCGACUUCCCAUCUCACACUGUUCGUCUUCAAGACGUAAUAGACCGAUUCCUUGACUCCACAUGCGAGCUCACCCCACGCUGGUUCAACAAACCGAAGUUUCAUAUCCUCCUGCAUCUCCCUGAACACAUUCGACGUUUCGGUCCAGCGAUGCUCUUUGCUACUGAAGGUUUCGAGUCCUACAACGCCAUCAUACGAUCCCACAGUAUCCACAGCAACCACCGCGCGCCCUCGCGCGACAUUGCGGCAGGCAUGGCACAGAACAAUCGUAUCCGGCACCUGCUAAGCGGCGGUUUCUUUACUAUGCCCCACAUGGUCGACGGCCGCGAGGAUCCGGAGAUCGAGGACGAACCCUUACCUGCCGCAGGACGCCCGCACUCAUCAUGGCUUCGCAAGGGCUUGCAGCCUGAGAUAGACCAUGUCUCUUGCUGGCGAUCCAUCGGAACCGGCCCGGCGAGUCUUCUAGCACUCGACGGCAUAAACACGGACAUCUUGAACCUGUUCCGCCUGAAUUUGGCGGUCGAGGACGACUCGCACCGUAUAGGUCUCCCGCAUUCCCAGCCGCGCAGCCACUCAUGCCGCACGGCGGAGAAACUCCUUCUCCAUGAGGACGGCUGGUACAAAGUAGAUGCUCGACCCUGGAUUCUCUAUCGAGCAGCCAGCACAUCGUCUGAUGCCAUGGAUCAAGACGGUGGCUCUUUGGCGGUCGGUCGGCUCAGAGAAGUAAUCCAAGUUGUCGGCUCAAGAAAUGAAGCAGCGGGUCGAGCGGACUUUGUCGUGAUCCAGAAGUGCGCACAAGGUACUCCACAUCCAUACUACGAUAUGCCGCGUAUCACCACGCUCUCAGACCAUGAGCUCGUGCCCGUCAUGGACAUCGUCUCGGCUGUCAACGUCCAGCACAACUGCCACGAUCAUUCCUGCGCCCUCACGGAGACCAGGGUGGUCCGUCAGGAACACGAGGAAACCUCGCAACGGGCCACCGAGGUCUGCCAUGCUGCGGCAAAUGACUACAUUCUCAACACCGCUCAGAUGCGGAGCUCUGCCCUCAUCAUGCCUCUCUAUCCUCCUCUCCCU